AAGUUAAAAUAAUUGAAAUAAGAAAUUAUAAUAAAAACAAUAUUUCGGAAUAUUGCCAAAAUUUUAAAUGCUUUAAUAUGUAAAACAUUACGUAUAUUCCUUGUUUAUAUACAUUAAUGUAUAUAGACAAAGGUAAAAUGCAUAUCACAAAUAAGAUAAAAAGUGCAUGACUAAUGUAAGUAGUCUCGAAGACAAUUGUUUAUGUUUAAGGUUACAAAUACAAUAAAAAUUUCUUGGGAAUUUACCUACGCAAGUUUAAAACAUUGUAAAUUUGCCUAAAUGCAAAUAUUUGCGAUUUAUAUUCGAAGAAACAUAACUAAAAAAGCAAAUUAUUAAUUAACGUACAAAAGAAACAAUCAAAUGCAUAGUUCUAAGGUUUAACAAAAACUGAAUAAAUAAAACUGAUACCGGAAUGUAUAAAUACUUGUAAGGCAACAAGCCGUGAUUAUGUGAAAAUAAAUAGGUGCUUUUACUUAUAUGAACAAAUUUAAUUUAAUGAAUCACUUUAAAGCGUUAAGGACAUUAUGAUUUCCACUUUAAAACAAAUUAAAUGUGUUUUACACUUCUCCUUCCUGCAUUCAUAAUUAACCACUUCUUGUUUCUGUUUUCAUUUUCAUUUUUAAAACGUACAAACCUGUUAAUGAAAGAUACACUUAUACGAAAAUUAUUUAUGGCUAUCAACACUUAAAACUUCCUUAAAACAAUCAAACACAAUUAGAUUCCGUGCGCAUGGAGAUAAGAUACGAGCUCGUUUUUUGGCAAUAAAAGGCUUCCUCCACACCAACUCCACAUCCAGUAGCCGGUGCUAGUUGCAAGAUGCUGAAACUGGUAGCCAUCGCCGUCGUUUUGGCAACUGUUUGCCAUAGCUCCCAAGCACAGUGCACACCAAGUGUCACCACAGUUAGUGGUACUCACGCGCCAUCUGAAAUCUGCUCCGGGGACCUGAUUUUCGAAGACAACUUCGAUAAAUUGGAUCUGAAGAAAUGGCAACACGAAUUGACCCUUGGUGGUGGUGGUAACUGGGAAUUCCAGUACUACAACAAUAACAGAACCAACAGCUAUGCCGAAGGCGGCAUUUUGCACAUCGUUCCAACCUUGCUUGCUGAUGAUAGCGGUGAAAAUUUCCUCUACUCUGGAACUUUGGAUAUCAACGGUGGAUCACCAGCUGACGAAUGUACCAACCCAGCUUGGUACGGAUGCAGUCGUACCGGAACCGCUGACAAUCUUUUGAAUCCCAUCAAAAGUGCCCGUUUGCGCACCGUCAACUCCUUCAACUUCCUUUACGGCAAAGUUGAGGUACGUGCCAAGGUACCAUCAGGAGAUUGGUUGUGGCCAGCCAUUUGGAUGUUGCCAAGAUGGAACGACUAUUCCGGAUGGCCAGCCUCUGGUGAAAUCGACAUCAUGGAAAGUCGUGGUAACAAGAACUUGGUGUUGAACGGCCAAAAUAUCGGUACUCAGUUGGUGGGAAGCACCCUUCACUGGGGACCAAACGGCAACUACAAUAGAUACGAAUACACCCACUUCGAAAAGAACCUCGCUGAAGGAUUCGACAAUGCCUUCCAUAACUACCAGGUGACCUGGACUCCAGACAACAUUGUCUUUUCCAUUGACGACGAAGUGAUCGGAACCGUCGCUCCACCAGCAGGCGGUUUCUGGGAACUGGGCAAUUUGGACCAAACUGGAGUGGACAAUCCGUGGAAGAGAAACUCGAAAAUGGCCCCAUUCGACUCCGAAUUCUACCUCAUUCUAAACUUGGCUGUGGGUGGUACCGCUUAUUUCCCGGACGGUGCCGUUAAUCCGGGAGGUAAACCGUGGUUGAAUACAUCUCCAAGAGCAGCCGCUGAUUUCUGGGAAGGGCGCAACGCCUGGCUUCCCACAUGGAACAACCAAGACGGAAGUUCUCACCUACAAGUCGACUACGUCAAAGUGUGGGCUCUUUAAGUUAAUUUAAUAAAAUAAUAGAAAAUUCCAA